AGCGACACGACGGCUCCGGCGACGUUAGGCGGCACUAUGAGGAGUCUACUCCGCAGUCUCCAGCAGUUCUCAAAGACCUCCACCGAGCACGUGGAGCUCUUCAGCAAGCUUGCGUUGAAGGAUCUUGGCGUUUACGUGAAAGACACCGAUGUCGUCCGCUACACGCAAGACAACACCUACCCACUGGAUGACAAGGCAUUUUGGCUAAAGAAUGCGCUCCUCCAGUGCCGCUACAACAGCGCGACCUCGCGUUUCGUUCCGCAUGCGUGGAUGUCUUCCCCCGCCGACCCCCUCGGCUGCUCGACGCUGUUCCAGGAUGAGCAGGUCACCCUGUGCUGGUUUGUUAUCCCCCCGGGCCGAGUGCUGCCGCUGCACGACCACCCCGGCAUGACGGUGUGGCAGCGCGUCAUGCACGGCCGCCUGCACAUCUGCACCUUUGUCAGCGAUGCUUCGCCUUUGGAGAUAAAAACGGCAGAGGCGACGCAGGCCACCGUUGUCUUUGACGGCGACGUCGAUGGUGUGGGGGAGGCGAUUCCACCGCCCCAGCUCAUUACAUUCGGUGAGGGCGACGGCAGCGUCUUCCACGAGAUACGCAACACAGAGGCGGUGCGGCCUGCGCUGUUCAUCGACAUCAUUUCUCCCCCGUACUACCAGCCACCGACCAACAUUCCCUGUGCCUACUACCGAGCAGAGCCGGUCAGCCAAAACGUGCAGCGGCUGGAAGGGCAGCCGAGUGACUGCGGCGUUCAUUGGACGUUCAAGCCAGGGGACAAAGCACUGCUGCACCCGCGGCCCGAGUACGGUGGUCCGUCCAUGCACGCAUAUGUGAACGUUGACGGUAGUUGA